AUGGAUGGGCCGACCCAGGAACUAGUGCUAAGUCUAAUGGAAGAAGAUGCUAGAGGCGCCCUUGGACUCAUAAAGGGCAAAGGAAGGACUGAACAAGUAACUGACCAUGAACUAGCACUCACUGAAUGGGCUCGAGAGCUCCAUCAUUGUGCGUGCACGAUUGCAGACUACAGAAUGGCGAAGAGCCUAGCUAGAGCUGUUUCCAAUGAUGGUGUUGCUCUCGCAGCUGCAACUGAAGAGGAAAACAGAGCCUUCGGGGAUCGAAUGGCCGCACUACAACUGGGCGGUCUCAGCCAAUCAACCCCUGAUCAGCUACUGGGGCAGAAUGAGGCUGCGAUGGCUGGUCUAACUACUAGCCUGAUGGGAGGUUUCACUACAGUGCCAGAGCAAUCGAGACCUACGGAUGCAACUGAAGUUCGAAGUUCAGGCUUCCCAGGAGCUGAAAGCUCGAAAGUUGCCGCUGCUCGGAAACUUGACAGUCAAGCACACCUCAAAUGUGUAGCCUGUAUGGAAGCCAAGCCCUCCUUUGACAUAUUCAAGGCAAUCUGUUCCCAUUACUACUGCAGGAGCUGUACCGGCCGCCUGGUGCACGACUCUCUUGUUGACGAGUCACUUUUCCCACCCAAGUGCUGUCGUUUGCCAUUCUCUUUAUCUACAAUAAAAACACUUCUGGGUGAGGAGAUAAUUCGGAAAUUUGAGGAGAAGACAGUGGAGCACAGUGACUCCAACAGAACUUACUGUGCGAAUCCUUCGUGUUCGCGAUACCUCCCCCCUGGCCUGGUGGCCAUUACCACCAGAAUCUGCCCUUCUUGCAACACAGAAACAUGCUCUACAUGUAAGCAGCGAGCUCAUGCUGGCCUAUGUGUCGAGGGGCAAGCGGAGAUUCUGAAUAUGGCAAAAAGAGAAGGAUGGCAGCGCUGCGCGAGAUGUCGUAACAUUGUGGAGCUAAAGAGUGGCUGCAAUCACAUCACUGGAAGACAUGUAGAUGCGAAGUAUGGGACGAAGACAGACUAUUCGACAGAGCAAACCAAGUCGCCGCUCGGAAUGAUGACAAUCCUCGACCUGCACAACAAGAGGUUCAGAGGGCAGCACAAGAACUCCGUGAGCAGCACAACUGUAAGCAUGACGCUCGCUGGAGGAGGCGUGAUGGGCAAUAUUCGUGCGAUGUAUGCCACGACCUGCUCCCUGACUUCAUCCUACGAUGCCAGCGCUGCAGGAUUGAGGUGUGUAUGGUCGUACCCAAGCCGCAAUUUCCCGAAAGUUCAAGAUCUUUAUGGCAAACUACCGGGCAUUGAGGACCAACCAAGGAGAUCACUAUCAGUCAUGAUCAUUGAGGGCACAGUGAGAGAAGGCGAUGCUAGCUUACAGCAUCUUGGCCCCUCGUCCCAACAAGUCGCACACGUACCGCGAGUCCAGGAACAAGCACUGGAGACGUAUGAGAAACAACACUGCCCUGAGUCAGUAGGCUCUGCGUCGUGUCUCAUAUCUUCCCAGAAAGUUGCCAGCAAGGGAAAGGAAGAACGAUCUGGAUAUGAGCGCCAACCACGCCACAAGACAAAAAACGACCAUUAUGAGUACAAGGGCAAGAUGUCUCAUGAGAAAGGUGGUGGUAGGGUGACAAAGGCUAAGAGAAGAAGAUCCGCAAAGAGGAAUAGGAAGCAUACCAUGAAUGAUAAUUUUCACGCUUCUAAUGUAGCUCGGGAUCGAUUGACCCUUCAAUCUAACAUGAACCUAGGUCUGUUUCAGAUGGGCAGGACCUCGUCACCGGUCAAGGUUCAAGGGCCUGACCUCAGCUUUUCAGAAAUGAAGUUUCUAUCCAAUAAAGCACGAGAAGACAGUGAAGCAGCAUGUAUUUAUCGGGAUAAGGAAAAAAGCGGAAGCGUAUAUUGGAAUUCACCGAGUCAAAAUACAAGAGCUUGUUCGUCAUUAUUGAAUACUGUCGAUGAACAGGCACAUCAUCAGGAGAGCGAUGCGUUUCCUCAUGAAACAUCAGUAUAUGAACAUGACCAGAGGAGCACCAUGCUUCAGGCCCACACAGAUGGAAGCACUCAACUUCAAAAAAAGGGAAGCGAGGGUAUAACUAGGACCGCUACAGUGUAUACAUGGCCUGAGAGUGUGCAUGGAUAUUCUGCAUUGGAUGUUCCAUACCAGCGGUGCACCAGACAGCUUCUCAGUAUCAACUUGGACGUCCGGGAUAAUAAUGAAGCGAUAACAACAGUCAACCCUACAAGAGAUUACUGGAGCUUGGAAGAGCUGAAAUGUCUCUCUGAUCAGAGAAACCUGCCUUGGGAUUCAGAUGCCCAUAGCUCUACUAUGCCGACAAACGCAAGCUCUCACUGGAGAUCCCGAAAAUGCAAGCGGCCUCAGUCUGUCGGAGAGGGGGAACCUUCUCAGACCCCGAGGAUGGCCAAAGAGCAUAAUAGCAAAGACAACACAGAGGUUUAUGGGGGCAUUAGCAUUCCUGCUGCUAAUCAUCAUGAUCCGGCAUCUGAACCACCUACGCUUCCUAGGAGUGGUGGAGAAACGGAUGGCGUGUCAGUGCACAUAUCACAUGGGCAGCCUGCACCGGCAUCACCACAAGCCUUUGACCAGGCAGACAUCAUUGAGCCACCUACAAGCGAUUUUACGCUUUAUCCCGGCACGUCGAGCUUCAUUAGCUCCUCGCUACAUAUCCAAAAACCGACGUCUGUGAUGCAGUCCCACGACUCCUACGGAUUAAAAGAAGCAAAAAACUCUACGGCAUCUGCACUGAUUUCGGAUAAUGACAAGCCGUCGGCACAGUUUGCAAAUAUGGCGGUACCCUUGCCUGGAGGAGAUUGUGCCUUGAUUGCACAGACUCUAAGUGCGGCAUACGAUGUGAUUAUGCACCCAGAGCAGGACCCCUUGUACAAAUUUCCUAGGCACCGAAUGGUAGACACACCAAUGAGGGACGCUUCUUCUGGCGUAGGCGGCAAUGGAAACAUAUUUCAGGCACCGGAAGAUUACCAUGGCUUGCCAGAUGAUUUAGCGUCAUACUGGCUCCCUGGGAUUGCAUCAGAAACAGGGAUUUUCUCGCAUGGUUCAAAUGAUUCCGCCGAACAAGAGCGUUGCCUGGGCCUCUCCCAGCCAAAUCAUGCAGUCUAUCCUACGUGCUUCACCGGACAUUUCCCGGAUGCUAGAUAUUCUGCAGGAGAAACCCAAAACGUGAGAAUGGCAGGGGCGGAGUCUAGACCGACCGCAGCCAUGGUCUCGGGUCUGCAGGAAGACCUUUUGGGUGGGCUUAAAGGGUUUUGGCGAGAGCAGAAGCUGUAUUAG